GGUUUGAGGGGAAGCAUCGCUUCUUCAAACGGGUAGUACACGACACACAGAACUUCAAAAACUCUGGCAACCAGACAUCAACACAUGAUGGCAUAUCAUCUUAGUGCACCAUCAUAUUUCACACCACAUACACAAACAUCUAGUGUCACCUCAGUACUGGUUUCAGCACUACCAGAUGUAGUCAAAGUGUACAUUGAGGGACAGACAACUAGUAACACAAUCUACAGUACAUCUAAAGUCACUGUUGAUGGCACUCACUAUGCUACUGGAAUGUUUGUAUCUGUUGGAGUGAAUGGCUGUCUGCCUCAAUUCUGCAAAAUUGCUCAGAUCUAUCUUGUGAAUUACAAUGUUUCCUUCCUCUGUAGUCACUUUGAGUCAUGGUAUGUUGAACAUCUGCGUUCCUAUGAGCUGUCACCUACACAAGGGAGUCUGUCUGUCCACCUGCUAUCUGAGCUCAACGACACUGUCACAUUUGCUGCUUACACUGUUGAUGGCAGGCUGCUGUUGACCCCCAAGAGAUACAUUUUACUGAGAGAGUGCUGAGUUAAUCUUGAGGUGAGUAAUCUGUUGGUUCACUAGUGAUACAACUUUUUAAAAACAUAUUUUUUCCCUAAGGUGAUACUUGUGCCUAGAUCAACUGUGUUUCUAAAGUGAAGGAGUUGCUCUUGUACUUUUGACUGACAGAUUGUCUUUUACAAGUCGGACAAGCUCAAGUUGGAUGUAGACUUCAGCUUGCAGUACGAAGACCCUGAUUUUGAUGGAGAACUUAUCUCCCUAGUGGACAUUGACGAGUUGUCACAGAAAGCUACACUGAAACUUUUCAUGGCAGAGGUGGAAACCAGUUCUAUUUCAACCACAGACACAGAGUUGCUGUCAGAUGUGUCCUCUCCAGAGCGACUUAGUAGAUGGCCACCAGGUAUUUUUCCCAUGCCCACUUUUGCUUACGAGGUAGAAUUGAAGCUUAGAGAAGGAAACACUGCCUUUGAAAGAAAUGGAAAGUGUCUUCAGUUAUCUAGAGAUCAAAAGCAUGACAUCCUAGAGAAACUUGCAGCUACUAUUUACAGUUUCAAAGCUUACCCGAAUGACAGAGAGUUAUCAAAAGCAGCUGAAGCACUUGUUUCCAAACACCCCUGCCUGAAAGAGCUUGGAUCUGAGACUGGCUGGUAUGGAUGGAAGAACAGCAUAAAAUACAAAAUGGGUAACUACAGAACCAAGUUGAGGAGAGCAGGAUGUCAAGAUGUCAUUGUAAACGCAGGAAAAAUAAGCAGAAGUAAUCCAGAGAAUGAACCAUCACACUCAAACUUAAAGAGACCCAAGCGUGCUGAAGUGAACUUUUUGCCCGACUUCCCCAAAGGACAGGACUUGGCAAGUCUUGAAAGACAGAGGCUGGAGAUAAUCCAUGAAGUUCAGAAGACUGAGAAAACCCUACCCCUCAUCGAUAGGAUGAUGCAGACGACAUUUGCCCUGCGGCGGCAGGAGGUAGUCACCAACAGCCCACCUGUGAGAGAUAUCCUUGAGCGCUGGCCUGCUCUAUGUUUGGAGUCGCAGGUGUAUGCCGAAUUCCAACGGAUCACAAACCAGAACUUGCCGAACAUCUUUUAUGAAGAGCUUGACCGCCACACUCUUCGCUUGAUGACCUUAUACCGACAGAGGGCAUCAAAGACAGGAAAGACAUCUGAUGCUUUGGCUGACAUUCUGAGGAUUCAUGAUCUACAGGUGGAGGAUUCUGAUGAGCCAGAUGUUGGUGAUGCACCAGUCGCCAUCCUUACAGCCGUCAGUGACAACACUGAAAAGCCGAUCCACUUCAACCCAAUCAAGAUUUCCAUUGUCCAUUGACUUCACUGGAGAGUGAAGUCAUGGUGACCAACCUACCCAGACUGGCUGACGCUUUCCUGGUAAUAUUCGGUCUGAUCUAUGCUCUACAUCUGAGUUAUCCAAAAGAACUGGCCAACACUUUUGAGUUCAUUCAGAAAAUCCUGCUGGGCCUAGAAGAUGGGAAACUUAAGCCAAGACUGCAGGCUUUAAAGAAUGACUUGCUGAUACAUGUGUAGUGAUUGACCAAAGACACGAUCCGCCUGGGUUCUGUUGGAUGCAUUAUUUUUAUACUGUGGAAGACAUUUUGAGUUUACAGUCAGUAUAUGAGUUUCAUUUCUCUUAUUUUCUUGUGAUCUUAGUUAGGGCACUGAAAGAGCUGUUAUGGUAGCUGGAAUACAGAACAAAUCCUGAGUUUUUGUUUUCUAACAGGGAAAGCAAACUUUACAGGCCACAGAAGUGUUUUACUUUAGUCAUAUGGCCUAAGGCAGGCGAGUGGAAGGUGAAGGUGAUGUAACAGAAUUGUUGUAAUACAGUUGUGGGCAGCACCUAUGAGCCCAGCUUUAGUUUGUUGUUAAUCAUUUCAUGCAGUUGAUUCUACUUAAUAUAAUUUUUUAGGUUGCUCACAUACUCUGCCGACAUGCUUCUGGACAGCUUUUUCUAGAGAAUUGUUGAAAAGCACGCUCAUGGUAAAUGUUUUUUUUUUCUCAGAGACUAUCAACAUCUGGAAGCAGAGGCUACCUCAAAAUAGUCAUAGUCAUUUUCUGAAUCCCAAAUAGACCCCUACCUCCUAUGUAGAUCUGAGUAACAACCCCACCCUGCCUUCUGAUAGGCUGGAUGGAGUUUUUUUUAAAACCAUGUUUACACUUAUCCUAACAUCUCUAUGGGAGUAUCUAGGGAGUAGGGGCUUGGUGAUGAUUUGGGAUUCAGAGAGACAGGAUCACUUAACCUCUUUUUCACACUACCAAGCAAAGUUGCACUGUGUAAAGUAACAGACCUCUCAAAUACUUUAUGUGGUUAUGACACCAUUAUUGCACCUUUGUUAAACACAAUUUUCA